AUGCCGUGGGUGCUCAAGGUCUUCCUCCGAUCGAUAUACAGAGUUGUAUCAUGCAUUUUUAAAAAAGGAACCAAUGACUUGCCGGGAUUGGAGAAGUUGUUGAAGGAUUAUAAGGUGGAUAUGGUGUUUUAUGGACAUAAGCAUACGUAUGAGAGAAUGUGGCCGAUUUAUGAUAAAGUUGGAUAUAAAUCGGGAGACGCUGGACAUAUCAAAAAUGCAAAGGCCCCGGUGUACAUUUUGACGGGAUCAGCGGGCUGUCACACCCAUGAGGGACCGUCCGACACGACACCCCAAUCGUUCUCAGCAAGCCGUCUCGGCCAAUAUGGAUAUACUCGUUUGAAAGUGUACAACUCUACGCAUAUCAGCACGUAUUUUGUUGAUACCGAUGACAAAGUUGGGAAUUUUUUGGAUCGGUUCUAUUUGGAGAAGGAUUGA